UCUGCAGUUCCUAGUGGGAAGCACCUCCUGCUCCCAGCCUCGAGCUCCAGUCCCCUCCGUGUUCCUCCUGACAUCCGAGAGGCUCUGCUGCAGCUUAUCCUGGGCUAACUGUUUAUCCUGUACAGCCUGGCAACUGGCCGCACGCUCCGGAUUACCACAGGACACCAUCUUCAAAACACACUUUGCUUUUCUGCUCUGACUCAUCGAGAGUAGACUGACUUCUUUUAAACUGGAGGAAAAAAAAGUUUUGGGAUAGUCAAAGGAUCUUGGAUAUGUGCUUGUGAUUUUUUUUUUCUUGGGGUUGAUUUAGUAACUUUACCUUCUUUUACUUGCCCUUCUCACCUUUCCUGGAGGGCCGCGCGUGUGUGUGUGUUUGUGUUUGAACGCGAUGGAUCACACGCUGUUCGGGUGCCUGCGGAGCCCCCACGCCCCGGCGCAGGCCCUGCAUCCCGCCUUCACCCAGUCUCCCCUGACUCUGCACGGACGCUCGGACCACGUCUCCUACCCUGACCUGGCCUCUUCCUCCUCCUCCUCCUCCACCUCCUCGCCCUCUCCCUGCAUCAUCUCCAGCUACCCGGUGGACGACGGCCUGUUUCCCGGGCAACACCACCACCACCACCACCAUCACCACCCUCACCGCGGCCACCUGCCCUCGCAGCAACAUCACCUCCCGCCUCAGCACCAUGCAUCGUGGCACAUCCCACAGAUGCCGUCACCUGGCGGGAACACGCGCCACAACCUGUGCCACCCGCACUCCCACUCAACCCACGACAGCGGGCCCACACCCCCGGACCUGGGCCACCCCGGGGGGCCCAGUAUGUGCGCCAGCACCCCAAGUCUGGGCAUCGGCAGCACCCCUACGGGGGCCUCCUGUGUGCCUGCAGACUUUGGCAGACAGACUCUGUCACCUGCUGAGGCCGAGAAGAGGAACAGCAAGAGGAAAAGUGACAGUUCAGAGUCCCAGGACGGGAAUUACAAGUCCGACGUGAGCAGCAAACCCAGGAAGGAGAGGACAGCGUUCACCAAGGAGCAGAUCCGAGAGCUGGAGGCCGAGUUUGCCCACCACAACUACCUAACCCGACUAAGGCGCUACGAGAUCGCCGUCAACCUCGACCUCACUGAAAGACAAGUGAAAGUGUGGUUCCAGAACAGGAGGAUGAAGUGGAAGAGGGUGAAGGGCGGCCAGCAAGGGGCGGCAGCUCGGGAGAAAGAACUGGUGAAUGUGAAAAAGGGGACGUUGCUGCCGUCAGAGUUCUCCGGCAUCGCGGCGCUCCACCACUCGACGGACUCCUUAGCCAACGAGGACAGUCACGACAGCGACCAGAGCUCCGAGCACGCUCACUUAUGAUGCACAACCCCCCCCCCCCUCCCCCCUCAGAGGACAGGCCCUGCCUCAGGACCGUCCUUAGAAGGACUGCUGUUUGCUGAUUCGCCCAUCGUCAUGCAACGAUGCUAAAUAAGUGUACAAAUAUACAGAGGAGUGACGUGUGGUAAGAUAAUACAGCCAGCAUGCAGGCAAAAUGUAAAUUUGAAGAACUGAGCACAUAAAGGGGGAGGUGGACAUGUUUCAAAAGCGCCAUUGGUUAAAAUUGCCCUUGAUAAAAAGCCAAAACUAGAUAAUAUCAACAUUGAAAUGUGAUGUUUUUGGAUCGCCCAAAACACUGAGUAUUGCAUCACAUUUUGGAAAUCAUACUUAGUCAAACUGUUGUAAACAUUCCGCGUUGUGUGCCUUGAGAGAAGCAGGCCUUGAUUUGCGCUGUUGAGCACACAGUCUCAGACUCGGUCAGUUUCUACUGUACAGAAUGUAAAUUACGAUGUAAUUGAGUUACUGAUCAAAUCAAGUGCCAGGAAAUCAAAUUUGCCUCGCUAAUAUAAAUGAUCUGUAAAUAAUUCUCUGUAUUGUCUUACCUUAACGAUAAUUUUAUACCUACACUAUUUCAGCUCUCGCAGUAAUAAACACUGACAGUUCUUUGGUCAACACUUUUCUGCCUGGAGAUGACAUUUUGUAAAUCUGAAACCUGAAAUAAGCAUUUUAUUAAAUCCUUUCAGGGACAGUUGCAGAUCGAAUAAACUUUAACCAAUGGUAAAUGGAAUGCAACAUGAUUCGAUAACAUUUUUUUCUCUCCCAUCUGUGCAGCCGUCCGUUCAUAUGUGUGUGUUGCAUGAAGUGAAGCUGAAAUGAAUUAAACAUUGCAGAGAGAGUGUAGAA